AUGUUUUCAAGAAUGGCGUCCUCAAAGAAGGGAAAGAAAGUUGUAAAUCAAGAGGAACUCCGGCGCUUGAUGAGAGAAAAACAAAGGCAAGCAACAGACAAGAAGCGCGUCGAGUCUCCUUUCGCUAAAUACAACAGUCUCGGACAUCUCAGCUGCACCCUGUGCAAUGUGCAGGUAAAGUCCGAGCUACUGUGGCCGGCGCAUGUUCUCGGAAAACAGCACAAAGAUAAAGUUGCCGAGCUGAAGGGGGGAAAGAUUCCAGCAGUUCCACCACCGAUUCAACCUUUAAAAAGAAAAGCACCGGACAACGAGGACGUUAACGGUAAAAAGGCGAAACCCCCAGUGGGUGCAGACCAAUCUGCGUCCGGGCUGCCUGCAGAUUUCUUUGCGAAACCUGCAGCUGUUUCGACUCAGAAGUCUGCAGGUCUGAGUCUUUUGGCUGGAGUUUAUGAUGAGGAUGAUGAAGAUGCAGAGACGGGGACCACAGAUCCUUCUCCUGAAAAGUCUGAAGUGUCAGGACUACCUGCUGAUUUCUUUGACAGCUCCAUCCCAUCCACACCCGCCAUCUCCCACUCAGGAUCCAUCCUCAAAGCAGACGUGCAGGUACAGAACAUAGAGAAGAAAGAAAACACAGCCGAGGCACUGCCUGAGGGCUUCUUCGACGAUCCUGUGAGAGAUGCCAAAGUGCGCAAAGUUGACGCACCCAAAGAUCAAAUGGACAAGGAGUGGGAAGAGUUUCAGAAGGAGAUACGACAGGUGAACACAAAAUCAGAGGCCAUCGUGGCGGAGGACGACGAGGAGGGCCGCCUUGAGCGACAGAUUGACGAGAUUGAUGAACAAAUUGAGUGUUACAAGAGGGUUGAAGUGCUGAGAGACAAACGGGAUGUGGUGAAGAAGAGUAAGCCUGUACCCAGUCAGGUGGAACAUAUGGAGGUAGAUGGCAGCGACGAGGAAGAAGAGGAUGAGGAGCAGCUGCUGGGGCUUUUGUCCCGGGACUGGAGGGCCAAAGGGGCACUUUCAUAAGUCUCUCUAGAAAUAACUGCUAGAGAGAAGCUAUGUGUGUCUCUUUGCACAAGUCUGUCAGCAAUCCAACAAUUGUAUAUGUUUAAGAGCUCUUGCCCAGCUGUUUUUGUAUGUUUCAGACUGGAUUAAAUGUGACGCAGUAAUGUGCAAUUGUAAAUACUGUUUUGAAAAGGUUUCUGAGUUGAUGAAUUAAUGGACCACACAUCAAACUUUUAA